AUGGCUGGCAGCGAUGCGGAUGGCGAGGGUCGCGCGCGAAGGAGCAGCGCCACACGGCGUCGCGGGGGCCCCGGCGGGCGGGGAGGCGAGGCUGCGGCCAGCCGCCCGGAGCCGCUGUCUACUGCUGAAGCGCCGGCAGACGGGCCGGAUGCGCUGCCCGCCUGGAUGCGCCUCUACUUCUACGGGAUGCACGGGAUCACCCUGGACGUGCUCGUGUCCUCAGCUCGGCGCUUUGCUAGCAGCCCGGACCUCCGGAUGCUGGGUUUCUCCUCGCCCUACCGCUGCCUGCUGCACUCGCUCACCCACUUCGCCCUGGAGAAGGUCUACCUGCAGCAGCGGUGCUGCCCCAACGCCUUCGUCUUCAAUUUUCUCCUCUACCCCUCGGCCCACAUGGCGCUGCAGACCCUGGCAGGCCAGGCACUGCUGCUCGGCCUGCGCAACGGCCCGGGGGGCGCGGCGGUGCCGGGGACACUGGACCUAGCGCUGCAGUAUGUACUGGCGCUCUACCACUGCCAUGUGUUCCUGAAGCGCUUCCUGCGCUUGCGGUACCGGCGGCAGCCAGAGCCUCAGCAGCCGCAGCGCCGGCCCGGCGCGCCCCCCGCCCCUCUGGGCGCCGGGGCCCCUGGGGUUGCAGGUGGCCGACAGCUACUACCCCGAGGCGGCCGGGGCGUCGGGGGAACCCCCAGUCAGGGGCUUCCGGGCCUGCUCCGCUUUCUUUUCUUCGGAAUGCACGGCUUUUUGGAUGAGAUCUUCUUCACUUUCUUCUUUAAUUUCCUGGGGCAGAGAGAUGGGGCAGCCAGCGGCCACACGUCGCUCUGGUCCUUCUUUAUGUACGGCAGCUGCAGCUUCGUGGUGGAAAAACUCUACUUCCACCUGCACUGGAAUCGUGGCUGGAGCACUUGGAAGCGGCUGCCGAUCUACGUGAUCUUCAUCUACGUAUGGGAGUUGUCCUGGGGUCUGGGGCUCCGCCUGUGCGGCGCUUGUUCCUGGGACUAUUCUCACUAUCCGCUCAAUUUCAUGGGCCUCAUCACCCUGAUGUAUUUACCUGGCUGGAUAUUCCUUAGUGUGUACCAGGACCUACUUUCCAACGCUUUGUGGCGGGUGCAGUACGUACCAACUAACUAA